UUCAUUUGGAAGUAAAGCUUGAUUUGAACACAUUGAAUAAUCUCCAACAUUUCAUGGAAUUUUCUCUCAGUUAAGGCAUAACACCACUUCUUCCGAGUUAAAACUUUUUUCAACGGAGGCCCCAAAGCGAAUUUUCAAACAACACAGCAAGAUAUCAGCUUAAAAGAUAAUAGUCGUGCAUAAAAAGAGAUGCUUUUUCAUUUCGAUAAAACUGAUCGCUGCUUGUCGGGAAUCGCGCCUUACAUUAAAGUGGUAUAGAAUAUGCUAGCAAAAGAGUUGGACAGUGUUGAGGAUUGGCUAAGAAUAAAGAGAACUGGAAACUGGGGACCAGCCAUUGCGCGUAAUAUCAACAGUUGCGGAAUCGCAGCAGACUAUUAGGACUGCGCAUCAACAGGGCACGGUUACAGAAGACAGGGACACUUGCUGUGGAAAGAAAGAGUUUUUCAGAGACAGGAAAGUCGUUAAAAAAACAGGGAAGUUGUCUUUAUAUGGUUCUGAUUAGGCGUUGAUUUACUUUGAGGAGCAGACUCAAAACAACAAGACGUUACUGAGAAAACUGUUCUUUGAAAAUUAGACCUGCCUGCAAAGGUAUCAUUUUUGCUAAGAUUCGAGAAAUUGAUCUUGGAGAGCUUGUUUGAAGAACUCAUCAUCUGGAAUCAUGAAGUUGUACAAUAUCUUUGUUUCAACUGCAAUGUUCCUGCUUGCUAUAUCGGAGCUUGAGUUUGUUUCCAGAAUGACAGCAGUUGAAGCGAAAGGCAAAGGAAAAAAGUGUAAAAUCGAAUUUCGCUAUGGAGAGUACGUCGUUCGUUGUCCAAAGAAGCUACCUAACAAGGAAAGCCAAAGAACAGUUACAAGAAGGAGAGGACCUCGAGGCAAAAAGGGAGAAAAAGGACCCCCUGGACCUAAAGGGCCAGCUGGUCCCAAGGGUGACGCAGGAACUCCCGGACUAAGUGGCCAAAAAGGAUCCGCGGGACCAAUUGGACCACCAGGUGUUGCAGGAUUACCAGGGAGUUUUGGACCUAAAGGAACAAAAGGAGACGAGGGUGGCAUGGGUCCAACUGGUGCCCAAGGUCCUCCAGGUAUGCCUGGAAACUGUCUCUCUGACAGUCCCAUUUAUGUUCAACGCAACGGAGUCCACUGUCUACCUGGGCCAAUUGGGCCUCAAGGACCGAAAGGGACGUCUGGGCCAGAAGGUACUCCUGGACCAACAGGUAGAAAAGGUGAGGCAGGAUUAAAGGGAAAACAAGGCGAGAAAGGACCCAGAGGCCCUGUCGGUCUUCCUGGGUUGCCUGGUACACUUGGAAAAAUUUCAUGCAUGACACGUUAUACCGAAUGGAUACGACAGGACGAUGUUUAUCAGAUAGACAGUAUUCCUGUUCUUUGCAAAGCAGCGGAAUUCAUGCAAGGGUUCGUUGUUGAAAUGAAAAGGACCGAUUUACGAUACAGAUAUUAUUGUUGUGCUUUUUCAUAGAAGACCGAGUGAGAUGUACUCGGAGAGCAGAACUCUUACAGUCGGCCAUCUUGGUUGAUAGGAAGCUUGACUUCCCUCAGCUUCUUCAGGGCGUAAUCAAAUCUGUUUUGCUUUAUCACAGACGUAAACAAAGACAGCCCAGUUUUUAAAGCGCAAUUGUAAUAAUCUUGUAUGAUGUGCGUAAUGCACAGGUAACUUCUCAUCUCUCAAAGGUUAUGUUAAUAUAAAUCUUGUUGCUGUUUCUACGAUAAUUAGAUUUAGCCUCACCUCAUAUUCUCUGGAAACGCGAAGUUUAUUUUCAAGGAAAUUAAUGUUAGUUUAAAUCAGUACGCGUGGCUGGAAAGAAAACAUUAACGGUUUUUAAAAACUGCAUUAUGAACUAUAAUCGAAAAUAUGAUAAAGAACAGCAAUUCUUUUUUAACAUAAAUUUUAGUUAAAUACUUUUUUAACUUGUAUGGUAUCUAGGAGUAUAUCUCACGAAUCUUGUUUUAUUGUCAGUAAACUGAACAGAUCGGAAAAUCAGCUGACAGUAGAUAAAGUAGGAACAAAGUAGUGUAUUUCAUCUUUUUGGGUUUUUUCUAUCUUCAUCACCCUCCACCCUACUCCAAUCUUUGACUAGAAGCUCAAAAUACCUUACUGGUGAUACAUGUUUUCCGUUAUGCAUAGAUACUACAUGGUUGAUGAGUUUUUUGGUUAAGUUUAUAACUCUGUACCUCUUCUGCUCUCCACUACUCUUCAAGUCUAGUAAAGAUACAUUUGGCUUUUUAAAAUAUCAUAGACUUCUUUCCAACAGAUAUGCAAGAGAACAGGGGUAUAAAUGAGGCUUAAUAAAGUUGCCCGUGACAUUAGCCACGACAUUGAGAAGUUUUAUGCGAGUUCCUAGCUAUAUGGCCUUAAUAAUCUAUUUUCCCCAUUAUUUUGGUAUUAACGGCAUCACUAACUUUCUAUGUGUCAGAUGUUCACACAUUUUAAAGUUGCCUGUAAAUAGAAAUUAAAAUAUCAGCCAUGAAAGCAUAAGAAGAUGCAGGGAAUCGUUUUCUCAAAUGCCUGUCCCUUUGUUUCUUGAACAUUCCGGCAUCGCUUACUGCUAACCACCCUCCACGAUCUAGCAUAAAACUUUGGAACACGCCAAAGCAAGCCGAUCUUAACAGAUUAUUUUUGGAUAUAUAUAACUUGCUCACUAAACUGACAAUAUUCUAAUUUUUAAAGCAUAAUCAAUCAACCUCUGUGGUUGUUGGAAUAUUUUGUAAUUUAUGAUAAUUAUCAAGUAUUUUUAUUCUGUAUUUUAGAGAGCAUGUUUUUUAUAUGAAGCAUUAGAUGUAAAGAUUCAAGGAAACAAUAUUCAUGUAAAUUUAACUGGCACCUUUCGUCUUAUUUUGUUUUGAUUUCUUGAUAACUUUAAAUUGUUCGA